UGGCAUGAUCUCUUUCUUCCUUACUUGCUGCUGCCCUCGCGGCCGUUUCUGCUCCUCGCUAUUCCCUCGCCUCGAAAGGCAGACAUAUAAACAACUUCUCACUUCCCGUUUCAUUCCCAUCAGCCCAUCCGUAUCCUCUCCGAUUAACUCAACAGCCAUUGUUUUCCCACCCCUUACCUGGUUACUCCCUUCUCGCAACCAUGAAGUUCUCUCUCGCGACUGUCGCCAUCGCGGCCGCAGUCGGUUCCGCCAUAGUUGCCUCGGCGGCCCCCAUCGAGGUCCGCGCUCCUUACAACAACAUCCGCCCUAUCCACGACAUCGAGGCCCGUGAUCCCUACGGCAACAAUAUCCGCCCUAUCCUCACCGGCGACGACGCCCUCGAGGCCCGCGAAGCCCACCCUAUCGGCAACAACAUCCGGCCCGUCGCGACCGGCGACGGUGCCGUCGAAGCUCGCGCGCCCUACGGCAACAUCCGGCCUAUCCACGACAACAUCUGAAAACGUCCUGCGGGGCGUUCUCGCGAAGUCUCGCCGUUUGCACCCAGUGUGAUGGGUGUAGGCGACGGGAAGGGGGCGUUUCCAUGUCUCUGUGGAAACCCGGACCGAUGCGCGGUGUGAUGUGGCCUGAAGCGAGAAACUUUUUCAUCAUCGUCGGUUUCUUCUACCUGGAGGACGUUCGCCGAAGAGACAAGUCAGUAAGAGAAAAAUGCGCCAAUCGAUGAUGAGGAAGA